AGGAUGAUAGGGAGGCCUGAGGUGCUUCUAUGGCAGUGAGUCUCAUACACUUCUCUCUCUCAGAGACCUAACUCUCUCUUUCACACUUACAAGGUUUGACCGAGUCGAACCGAGUUGACUCUCUCCGAAUCAAUCCGUAUUCAGCUGUACUCUUCCUUGUUGUUGUUGUUGCUCCUAAUUGCAGAGCGCAGACGGAAAACGAAAGGUGGAGCUAAGUCUGCGCUUGAUUGAAGAAGCAGAGGAAGAAGAAAAUGAAUGGGAAUAAGAAUGGAGGAGGAGCAGGGUUUGGUGGGAUUGUGGGUGAAUACAUUCGAAGGCAUCACAAGCACGACCCCAAAGACCAUCAGUGUACCUCUACGCUCGUCAGGCACAUCAAAGCCCCUGUUCAUCUUGUUUGGUCAUUGGUAAGACGAUUUGAUCAACCGCAAAAGUAUAAGCCAUUUGUCAGCAGGUGUGUGGUGCAGGGGAAUCUUGAGAUUGGAAGUCUCAGAGAAGUUGAUGUUAAGUCUGGGCUUCCUGCCACUACUAGUACUGAAAGAUUGGAACUUCUUGAUGAUGAUGAACAUAUUCUUAGCAUUAAAAUUAUCGGUGGGGAUCACAGACUUAGGAACUACUCUUCCAUCAUCUCCCUCCAUCCAGAGAUCAUUGAUGGAAGACCAGGGACCGUGGUGAUCGAGUCAUUCGUGGUUGACGUGCCUGAAGGGAACACUAAGGAUGAGACCUGCUACUUUGUGGAAGCCUUGAUCCAGUGCAAUCUCAAAUCACUUUGUGAUGUCUCAGAGCGGCUUGCAGUGCAGGACCGCACUGAGCCAAUCGAUCGGCUCUGAAAACUAGAACUGAGAACAUAUGGUGGAAGCCAGAGGCUGCCAUGGAUGAAGCUUCCGAGGCUUUCGUAUCUCGGAGGUUUUGGAGACGGACAGGCAGUAGUACAGUUCCAUUUUCACAUACAUUUACAUGCUCAUGUUUCAUUUUUGUUUGCCUUUUUCUCUGUCAGUCCAAAAUUAUGUUGUUAAGUUUCCUGUCUUAAGGAGCUCUAAAACCACAGCUGUCAUAAAUGUUCUGUAACCCUUUCAGGAAUGAAAAAGUAGUGAAAAAAAAAAGGGAGGGACUAGGUUCUAUUCAAUGUGAAUCCGUGGGUUUUGUUCUUGGUGAUGUGAGUUUGGUUUUGUGUAUAUGUGCAUAGAGAGAUUGUGUUUGUA